AUGAACCCAGAAUACGACUACCUCUUCAAGCUCCUCCUUAUUGGUGACAGUGGUGUUGGAAAGUCUUGUCUCUUGUUGAGAUUCGCUGAUGACACUUACACAGAGAGCUAUAUCUCAACCAUUGGUGUCGACUUUAAGAUCAGAACCAUCAACUUGGAUGGCAAGAUCAUCAAGUUGCAAAUCUGGGAUACUGCUGGUCAAGAGAGAUUCAGAACUAUUACAUCAUCAUACUACAGAGGUGCACACGGCAUCAUCGUGGUGUAUGAUGUCACUGACCACGUGUCAUUCAACAACGUCAAGCAGUGGAUGCAGGAGAUUCAGAGAUACGCCUGUGACAGCGUCACCCGUUUGUUGGUCGGCAACAAGUGCGAUUUGAUCGAGAAGAAGGUCGUCGAGACCGCCGUCGCCCGUGAAUACGCCGACGCUGCCGGCAUCCCCUUUUUGGAGACCAGUGCCAAGUCGAGCGCAAACGUCGAGGAGGCCUUUAUGAUUAUGGCCAGCGAGAUCAAGAAGCUGCAGGGUGGCAUCUCGACAGGAGGAAACAACUACAACAACAACGUUGUCAAGCCUAGCUCUGGCACACCAGUUGUCAAGAAGAAGAAAUGUCUCAUUCUUUAA